GACUAUCACGAGUAUUGCGUGACGGGUGAUACGACAAGGCACACCUCCAAUGGGACUUUGCUUGUAGCGCUAUUGGCCAUGGCUACGGCCGCAGUUGAGGACCAGACUGAGGUGAAUUAAACUGGGAGCGCUGUGUGAUGCUUGCUGCUUGUUUGAUGCUGUCACUGGUUGGCGCUAGCUAUGCAUCUUGGUGCCCGAAUACAACAUACCUGAAUGACAAUGGAGGGUCGUUUUCAAGCCCGCGCUUCCCGGAUCUGUACCCAAUGGAUCUACAGUGUGUAUGGGAGAUAACUGCACCAGAAUCUCUUCACGUCAAGGUUUCCUUCCUGUCCUUCGAUGUGGAGGAGUGUGGUAAACAGGCGUGCGAGUGUGAUGCCGUCACGUUCCUGGAUGUGUCUGAGUCUGGCGAGACUUCUGUGAUUGCGCGUUACUGCGGGCACUCCACUCCUAAUGCUGUGUACUCGAGGAGACGCACCCUUCGAGUCGUGUUCAGUACCGAUGAGGGGGACUCGGGCUUUGGAUUCAGAGCGAAGUAUGAGGCCACCCAACGGGGGUUUGUUUGCAGCUCUAAACCGCUGGUCAUCUCCAAUGGUGGAACUCUGGCGAGUCCAGAUUACGACACCACCUACCCCUCCCUCGUAGAAUGCAAAUGGAUCAUCAAAUCUCCCCCUGAAACACGCAUUCGAUUAAAGUUCCUCAAGUUCAGCAUUCAAAACUGUUCCAACUCACGCGCGCAGUGCACUUGUGACCACUUGACGUUGCGUGACGGAAAUACUUCAAGUGCCGACGUGAUUGGCCGUUACUGUGGAAACGAGCUACCGAUGGAUCUAUACUCCAGUGGUAGAUACUUGUGGUUGGAGUUUAGUUCUGAUGAAAAUGUGAAUGGCAAGGGCAAGGGCUUCAUCGCCGAGUUUUCUUCUCGGCGUAACGGUGAAUCAUCGUGCCCUCAAGACUGGAGGUUCCCAUUUAGAUGUCCUCUUUAUCAAGGUUCCAAUGAAUCGACAAUAUGUUGCUAUGACAACGGUGCUAGUUGCUGCCUAGACGGAGGCAACACGUGCAGUGAUAAGUGGUCAGCGGAGAGAAGCUACUGUCCACGUCCUAACGAUGCGGUGCAUCUAACAAGGUGUUGUGAGAUUGACGGGCAAGCUGCGUGCUGUCUUAACGGCUCACGGGAACUAACGCUGACGAGGCUGCUUAUCAUCCUCGCCACCAUAGCGUCUUGUCUUACCAAUUAUUGGCGGUGGCCUCCGUUUGGAUAGUCUCGCUAGACAUAGUAUAGUAUAGUAUAAUAUUCGAAUUCUAACUUUUAGCUUACUCUAGUAUUUAUAGGAAAUUAGUUAUCAUAAUUUGAGUAAUAAAUGUAUAAUGCGAGAGCUAAUAAAAGACCCGCCACGUAGUCUCAAAUAAUUUUCAAACUUGAAAAAAACCCUCAUUUUUUAAGAAAAAAUAAAGUGUUUUUUUUGUACCUA